GACGCCGCAGCCGGAAUUUUCCACUCUCCCGUCAUCAGCCUCGGAAGCCCCGCCUUCACGAUCCCAGCAUGCCAUUCGCCUCUUCCAAUAUGGCGGCCUCCGCGCAUUUCAAUAUGGCUAAAGCAGCUCUGGGAGUUUCUUUGCAGGGUGUGGACUGUUUAUUGAAUCCUGCCCGCUUGGCUGCAUCCUCUCUUGUGAUCCCAGUGAGAACAAAGAGAAGACAUUUCAUUCCACCUGCUGCCCAACCAAAAUAUUUGACACCAGAAGAGUACAAUCUACGUGCCAGGGCUGCGGGAAUUGUGGUUCCUUAUGAACGAUUAGUACGUCCCAUGAAUAUUUCCUGCACAGCUGGGAUCUUCGACCCUUACGUUCCUCCAGAAGGAGAUGCUCGCAUUUCAUCUUUGUCGAAGGAGGGAUUGAAGCAGAGAGUAGAGCAGCUCAAGCAGAAUGCAACUUCACAGUUGGCAGUCCGGAAGAUCAAAAAUUACAUUCCUGACUUCAGCACCAAAACUUUUGCAGAAACAGCCCAGGAGAUUUUUAUUGAAGCUCACAACAACUUGACGAACUUUAACAAAGACAAACUUCACGCUUUAGUGACAGAACGCUGUUUUCCGGAUAUGGUACGUGGGAACAGAUACAAGACUAUCCGUUGGAGCUUUGUGGAGUCCCUGGAGCCCCCUCGUGUGGUUCAAGUGCGAUGCACUGAUAUGGUAAACAAGGACAACUUGUACGGACAAGUGACAGUCCGCAUGCACACCCGACAGACACUAGCUAUUUAUGACCAGUUUGGACGGCUGAUGUACGGUGGGGAGGAAAUACCAAAGGACGUCCUGGAGUACGUUGUCCUGGAGAGACACCUGGUUAACCGGUACGGUGCGUGGCGGUUGCAUGCCAAGAUUGUUCCACCUUGGGCUCCGCCAAAAGACCCUGUCAUGAAGACUGUUAUGAUCCCAGGCCCAUCUCUGGGUCCUUUGCAGGAGUAUGAAGAGGUCUGCAUUCCACAAGCCAAACCAGCGCAACAGACUGUUGAUACAAAUCAAGUCCAAGGUGUGGGCCAUCAGGGAUAGAAUGUGUUGUGUCUGGGGUGGUAUAGAAUUGUUGAAGCGUGGCAUACUCUUCAGGCCUCCUUGUGCAAGCAUUUGGUCUUGGACUUCUAACAAAGUUUCAAGCUCUUUGAAGACCCUUGAGCUGUUUGUCAUGCCACAAUCCCUUCAAAGCUUCUGGAUCUUCCCAGCUUCUUCAGUUUCCAUCUGAAGGCCGAUGAAUCCGUAUCUUCAGGUUCCGGCUGAAGUAUUGACGGAUAAAGAAAUAAGACUUUGAAAGCAGUGCUCUAAUUCUAACGGCAUAAAAAGGAAAGUGCUGUCACUCAGUGCUGUCUGGAAUCCAAACCUCUGCUCUUGAAGACUUUCUGAUGCUCAUAAUGUAUAGGGCAGGCUGUCUUAUCCUGUGUCGCUGAGAUUUCUGCACAUGGUCAGAAGCGUGUACAUUCUUUCACAGGUUGUCAGGAUGAGAUUUAGCCAUGACCAGUCCUUUCUCUCUUGUAUUUUUAUAUCAUUAUAUGUGUGUGUGCACCUGGGAGUCUUGUUGACCUCUGGUGCCUCUGGAGAGGGUAUUCAGAGAGUUGGUUGAAUAAAGCCUGCCCCUGCCUCCUGA